AUGGACGAAGACCCUGAUUUCGACUACGAGAUGGAGCCUCACGGUGCGGAUGCCCUCCCGCAAUCCAGCCAUGAAGAGGUCAUGGAGGAUGCCGGAAGCGACGUCGUAAUCGGAUCGAUCGCUUCCGGCCAGCAUGGGUCGGAAGACAAGGCGAGUCUCGACAUCGACUUUCAUGACACCGCCGACCUGCACCAGCAGAGCGAAGCAAUUACGACGCAGGCUGAGCUAGCGUUGCCUACACAGUCCUCCUCUUCGUACAUGGAAGAUGCACCUGUCACCGCUUCGAUCUCUGCUUUCCCGCAAGCUUUCUCGCAAAAAGCCGGAGCGGCUGAACAAGCUGCAUCGCUUGUCGGAUCCACCAUCUUCUCGCCACCUUCGAGCGAAGCGACAGGCGUGUAUCCAUCCUUUGUCUCCGCAUCCGUCCGACCAGCCAGCCCUUUGAUAAGCGGCCACGAGCAGAGCUCCAAGAUACCAGACGGCUCGCAAGAACAUCGGCACGAAAGCCUGGAAGAUCACGGCAUUGGUGCGCCCUUGGCACAAGAGCAGCUCAACGUUGGUGUCUCCUCAACACCAGCAAAUGACCCAGAGGAGAGGGAAGAGGAGGAGCUCGAUCAGCUUGAAGGCGCUGAAGAGGGAGCGCAAUCGGUCAACGUGGCGGAAGACGGCGACCUCGGUGGUCAGAACGACGCCCAACAAGGCUACGAGCAGAUGGAGUACCAGAGCGUCGGAGCCGUGCGAGUCAACUUCAACGGGCAGGACUUUGUGGUAUGGCCCGCCACCGAGAUUGCUGCGUACCUUGCUGCGCCAGACGCUGCGCAAGGCGGCGACCAAGGGGAGCACGCGGAAGAAGAGCUGCUGCAGAUCGAGGCGCCUGCGCUCGAAAUGAAGCAAGACGUGCUCUGGCAGCCGCUGGACAGCUUCUUUGCAGGUCUGAGGGAGAAGAGCGCGCUCGGAGACUUUCUCGACGAGUCGCAAGAGCUUCAUCUGGCCUUUCCCGACUUGGACCUCGAAAUCUCGGAGGACAACUUUUACUGUCGCGAGAUCACCCUGGACGAUCUUGGGCAGCUGCACAGUGGACUCGGACUUGCAACCAGUCUGCACAUCGAAGUCUCAGAACGUCCGAGGUUCAUCACAAAGUACAACGAUCUUGCGCAGCAGGUUGCCGGGCUCCUUGGUCAUCAGCUGCAGCACGAAAGCGAUGAUUCCGAAGCCGAGGCGGACACUGCUGAGCCGCACAACGCGGCAAUCGCCAAAGACGAAGCGUUUCCAGUCGUAACUCCUGGUUUGUCAACAGGAGAAAGCGGCCCGGCCGGAGCUGCGAGUAAUGAUCCGGAAACGCAGCAAUCUCAUGCAAACGGUACCCCUGCAGCAGCCGAGAGCGAGCAAGAUGCCUCGCAGGCGCCCGUUGAACCUCCUCGACACCAAAACAAGAGUGGUCACGGCGCCGAUGACCCCGAUCAAGCCGCUUCAAUUGCUCGUGGCGACGCCGUAGACUUCAUUGCUGAUGCCAGCGGCACCAAUCAGCCGCAUCCUGUCGUUUUGGACAUGGCUUCGUCAGAGGCGCUCGACGAGCAGGAUGAGCUCGACGAAUCGUCGCACGUAGGCGAGGUAGCCCAGGGUCAUGCAGAGGAGCAUCAAGACGGAGCAGGAGAUGCAGAGCAAGAGCAAGGUGGAGGCGGAGGCGAAGAGGAAGUGCAGGAGGAAGGCGAAGGAGAGGCAGAACCUCGCACUGCCCACUUCGAAGAAGAGCCAGAAGAUGGCGACGACGAAGGGCAAGAGGGCACCGGGGAGGCGGUGGGCAUUGGAGAGGAGGGCGGCGGGGACGAGGCAGAGGAAGCGCUUGCGUACGGAGAGGAGGCGUACGAAGAGGAAGAGGAUGAAGAGGCUGCGUACGAGGGUGAAGAGCAGGAGUGGUACGAGGAGGAAGAGGGAGAGGAAGCCUACGAAACCGAGGCGGGCGGCUUCGACCCGGAAGCGGAGCAAACUUUCUACACGACCUAUGACGACGCUUCCGACGGAGAGGAGGACGAACUGGAUGAAGCGCCGCAACACUCGGCUGGGGAAGACGCAGCCGCCGAAGGUGGCGCCGCGGUGGGUGCCGUUUCAACGAAUGGGGAAGCCAACGGCCACGAGCCACACAUUUGGCAAGCGACGGACGAGGAGCAGAUCCUCGAGUACACUGAAGAGCAGGACGACGACGAGUACCAGCAGGAUGAUGCGUCGGCAUUGGGAGCAUCGACGGCGGCGCAGUCUCAUCCGCAACUCAAGCGGCUGCACGCCGACGAAGACGACGAGAACGAAGACGAGGCUCAGCCUGUCGUCUUUGCUCCUUCCUCGUCGCCACGGUCGUCUCGGUUGUCCGGACUCACUGGCCUUCAUGCCAACCACUAUGAUUUGCUCUCUGCAUCGCUCGGCGAGAUCUCUGGUCAUGACACCUCGUCACGCUACCUCGCACUCGACACCAUCUUCACUCUAGCCUCCAAGGCUAUCUGCACGAUCAUCAAGCACCUCCAACCACGGUCCAACACCGCUAGCCCAAUCUCAAGCAUGCUAGGGCAGGUGACAGCAGACGAGAUGUCACCGGUAGUGUCGGCCAAGGCCAAUGCGAAUGCGAAUGCGAAUGCGAAUGCGAAUGCGAAUGCGAAUGCUGAUUCGUCGAUGGCAGAGCGAAUCCGAUUGGACGAUGCGGCAAGUUGGAUCGCUUCCCCGCAUCCAAGGCGACUGGUGCGGUGCACGAAUACCAAGAUUGUGCGGCUGUCAAGGCGCGAUGCUGUACGCCAACAGGCGCUCGAGACCGCGGACGCCGAGACCGCCACCGACAUAGGUGUACAGCGCGAGUCUGGAUUUCCGCAGACGCGAGGCCAAGGAGAUCUCGGAGACCGGUUCGAGACCGAGCCGCGCGAAUCGCUGGCGGAGCUGUCGGAUCCUGGCGGCGAUGCGCUGGCACUGCGCAAGUCGGGGCAACCGUUGGCGGAGGAUGGCAUCAUCUCAUCUCGGCGAAUCGGUGGGUUGCCCGCCGGAGGUACGAUGCGUGAGAGAUGCCCGGGUGCAGAGAGGGCCAAGAUCUGA